AUGACAUUAACAUGUAAUCGCUCUUUAAGAACAGUGACCAAUUUCUUUAUCUGCAACCUAGCUGUAUCCGACAUGUUGUUCACAAUGUCGGGACCGGUCAUUGGUGCUUGUAGAAUCACUCAGUCGUGGACUAUGGGCCACUGCGCAUGCAUCACGAUUGUUUAUUUGGAAUUCGUCAGCGGAUCGGUCAGUAUCUGGACGAUGGUCAUGAUAAGUGUGGAACGUUUUAUCUGUAUUGUGAAAUGCUCGACAUCAACGUUUACUCCACGAAUUGCGGUCUUAAAAGUUAUAAAAACAGUUUUUGGACUUGUUAUCAUCUUUGCUAUCAUGUGGCUGCCUAUAUUUACUAAUUAG